GACGCUGUGUCUGUUGGUGAGAGCAGCGACACUCCGCGGUCCUCGUUUAAUUCCGUGCCCGAGCAUUUUGUCAAUUUCAUCGAAAUGGAUCCAGUAAAAAUGUCUAUGCAGCCGCAUAGCAGGAAACGCGUCUGUUACUAUUACGAUAGUGAUAUUGGAAAUUACUAUUAUGGCCAAGGACAUCCUAUGAAGCCACAUCGCAUAAGGAUGACGCAUAAUUUACUUUUGAACUACGGACUUUACAGGAAGAUGGAAAUAUAUCGGCCUCAUAAAGCCACGGCAGACGAGAUGACGAAAUUUCAUAGUGACGAGUAUAUUAGAUUUCUGAGGUCCAUAAGGCCAGAUAAUAUGUCGGAAUAUAACAAGCAAAUGCAACGAUUUAAUGUGGGAGAAGACUGCCCCGUUUUCGACGGCUUGUAUGAGUUUUGUCAGUUAUCAGCCGGUGGAUCUGUAGCUGCUGCUGUAAAACUUAAUAAGCAAGCUUCUGAAAUCUGCAUUAAUUGGGGCGGCGGUUUACAUCACGCAAAAAAGAGUGAAGCUUCUGGCUUUUGUUAUGUAAAUGACAUUGUGCUUGGAAUAUUGGAAUUGCUGAAGUAUCAUCAGAGAGUCUUGUAUAUCGAUAUUGAUGUUCAUCAUGGCGACGGCGUAGAAGAAGCUUUUUAUACAACGGAUAGAGUAAUGACUGUUUCGUUCCACAAGUACGGCGAAUAUUUUCCUGGAACAGGAGACCUUCGUGAUAUUGGGGCAGGCAAGGGAAAAUAUUACGCGGUUAAUAUACCUUUGAGAGAUGGUAUGGACGACGAUAGUUAUGAGUCAAUCUUUGUCCCUAUUAUCUCAAAAGUGAUGGAAACAUUUCAACCCUCUGCUGUUGUUCUACAGUGUGGGGCUGAUUCAUUGACUGGCGAUCGAUUGGGAUGUUUUAAUUUAACUGUCAGAGGUCAUGGUAAAUGCGUGGAGUUUGUGAAAAAAUAUAAUUUGCCUUUCUUGAUGGUUGGAGGUGGUGGUUACACCAUCAGAAAUGUGUCCAGAUGCUGGACAUACGAAACGUCAGUUGCUCUCGGCUGCGAGAUCGCUAAUGAGCUUCCGUAUAAUGAUUAUUUUGAAUAUUUUGGCCCAGACUUCAAAUUACAUAUUAGUCCAUCGAACAUGGCGAACCAAAACACUCCUGAAUAUCUAGACAAAAUAAAAACGAGACUGUUCGAAAAUUUAAGAAUGCUACCUCACGCGCCUGGCGUACAAGUCCAGGCAAUACCAGAGGAUGGUGCAGUUAUUGAGGACUCGGAAGCCGAAGAGAAGGUAAACCCAGACGACAGAUUGCCUCAACGCGACCUAGAUAAAAGAAUGCAACAUGAAAACGAAUAUAGCGAUAGUGAAGACGAAGGUGAAGGCGGUCGAAGAGAUAAUAGAUCAUAUAAGGGAUCUAGAAAGCGACCCCGUUUGGAAAAAGGUCAAGAGGCCAUGGAUACUGACAUAAAGAAAGAAGACGACAUAAAGGCCGAACCAAAAGAAAAUGAGAAGGACGAAAAAGUAAACCCCACGAAUGAGGAGACUAAGAAAGACGGCGGGGCGAAUCCCUGAUAGAUAGUUGCCCCGGAGCAUCUGAGAAAAUGGAGAAACUCUUAUUUAAAUUAAGUAACAAAUAAGUUUAAAUAACUUAAAUAAUGGCAGCACAUGCAUGAAUGUGUUAUCUGCUGCCUCUACCUCGCGCGCGCCCUAUAAUACGAAAUCAUUAUGUUUUUAUCAAAAAUCUUGAAAAUGUUUAGACGUCUAGAAAUAUUGGAUUCAUUCGUGAAACGUCAUUCUCAUUGAAAUUGACACGUAUGAGCGUGUACAUAGCUUAUAAUAUAUCCUGCAAUUUUAACCAUAGACCGUUAAGAGUUUCCGAAGUGUAUCUCUGAGUGUUCUGAAAUGUUUUUUUGGAAGGUGAUUUGGAACUACCGCACAAAGAUGAUUAAAAAUAUAUCAUCGAAACAGCGUUUCGAUCGAUUCGUCAGAAUUUUAUAAUCUGACCAAUGAUUCUUUUUAUACAUAACCGUUAUAGCGCGUUACUUCAACUUGUAAUUUAAUUUUUCUACGAGAGAUCAUGAAUAGGUCACGACUUUUCAAGAUUUUAUAAAUACUCCAAGAAGUUUACAGAAAUACACAAAUAUUCCACGAUUGGGUCAUAAAAUAUUGACGAUCGAUUUAGAAUAUCAACAAGAUUACAUUAUACAGCCUGAAUGUGUGCUGCAAUCAAACUUAUAUAUAAAAUACAUAAACAUACAUGCAUUUUGUUAGCGCGAUUGAUAUAAUUUCGUACGUCUUCUUAACCAUUCACAAUUAAUUGAAUUUCUCAAUAGAGACCACACUAUACAGUCUAUACUAAGGAAGGAAUAGAAUUAUCCCUUAACCAAUUGCUCUUAAAAAUCAUGCGUUGAUAAGUUUGUUUGCUUCCCAAACAACACAAAGUCUAAAAUUGUGACAUAAGACGUCUUUAAGUUAUCUUUUAGACGCAAAAAACAUCUUAUGGCGCGAUUUCAGACACUUUGGUGUCUGGGUUCUUAUUUUUGUACAUAAUAUGCAAAUUAAUCUUGAAGGAUGUUAAUCCUUGCAUGCAAUAACAAUAUUGUAAUCAUAAUGAUGUUCUUUAUAAAAUUGUAAAAUACGUCUUACAUUACUCGAAAAAUUAGCGAAUGUUCCUUUGGCUACCCCUCUAGUUUUAUUUGACGAAUUGUAAUGAAUAUUGUUAACUUGUUACACAUUUUAGGAAGCGCAAAAGAUAUAAGAAAUAUUUGUAACUUGAUAAAAUUAAAAGUUUACAUCUAUUUCAUUGUGUUGAAUUUUCCAGGAAGAAUUUGUUGCAAGUUAAUUCUCACAUCUUGAGACUAAAUAAACUAGAGAGGUAUCUGAGACCGUAUUCAUAGUUGUAGAUCAAUCUACGAUUGAUCUUCAUUUUAGGCGAGCUAGGUUUGAACCAAAGUUUAAUCCAAUCGGAUUUAUGAAACACGUUUGAAAAGCGUUUUUCGAAGACUGAUUUAAACCUAGCUCAAAUCGGAUCUCAGUUGAAUCACGAUCACGGCUAUGAAUACGACCCUAAGAAAGGAAUGUAGAUAUUCUUCUCAUAUUUUUGAGUAAUGUAUACACAAGCAAAAAACAAAAUGAGAUUGGAAAGAAAGUGCGGUGAAGCUAGGGCAGUUAAGGUAUUAUGUAAUCAAUUUCAAUUGUAAUUGUAGAAUCUUAAAUGUAUACUAGGCAAGAUUUAACUUAAUUUAUAUAUAAAUAUAUAAAAAAUAUAAAAAUUAUUCCAUGACAUCCGGAUUGAUCUCUAUAAGAAGACCGCGAUGUCAUUCCAAAGAUCGAGCUUAUGGUCGAUCUUGGUGCAACAAAAAAGUUAUUAUAAAUUCUGUCUUCGAACCACAUUCUUACAUAUUUCCAGAUUUUCGUGUAAAAGCAAUACAAUCGUAUGUACAUAAAAUUUAUCCUCUUUUUUUUCUUUGCGAUAUCAGAGUAUUCAAUCGGUUAAAUUAGCGACUGAUUUUACUUAUAAUAAUCUGUAAUAUGCGAUUGCUUGACAUCACAUUAUAUAUAAAGUCAAAUUCAAAAAGAUAAUGGCGUUAUGUCUCAUGUAAGUCAAUUCGAGAUAUAGAUCAAGUAUUAGAUAUUUAUGUCCACGUAUAAGAGUAUUAUAUGGACGUUUUUAAA